AUGUGUUGGAUUUUCAAUGGACAAGAAUUUAUGACCCAAGGUUUGGAAACACUUAGUCAGAGCCCCAAUCCUUCCACAGAGUUCAUCCAGGCACUUCAGCUCUGGACUUGCUUACAAAGACUUGCUAUUCAUUUCUUCACACAUUUCCUGGGGGACCUUGUUCCUGCUGGCACACAGCUCUGUAUUCCUGCCUCACCUGCUAGUCUUCUGAUAAUUCAUCACUUGACCACUGUGGUUUUCCUCCUGGCAGCAUUUUGCUGUGUUAUGUUCACCUGUAGCCCCAUCUGGACCACAAACUCAGCUUCAAAGCCCUGA